UUUCGCUGGAAGAGGUUGUCGCCAUGCCGGAGGAGGAUUCUUUGGUUGAGAUUCCCCGCAGCGAUUGGGCUGAGCUGCGAGAUUUAUAUGUCCAGAGAGACACCGAUCCCCAAGGCUAUCCGUGCAUAAAUAAUUUCAUUCAAUGGGUCGAGAAAGACCCUGAACUUAAAGUGAAAUUCUUAUCAUUAAACGGUGAUUGGCAGAGUGAUGGAACCUUUGUUUUAACUGUGGAUUUGGGAACUGCUUACAAGCACCUUUACUUCAAUACUCUUAGCGACAAUUUAGAUCGUGCGACCAAAGCUUUAGAAUGCUUCAAAUCCAUUGAGAAUGAAUACGUAUUUUUUGGUUUCUGUUCUCGAUUAAAACCUGUCGUAGAACAUAUUACCAAGAAGUAUUAUACCACGAAAAAGAUUAAAAUAGUGGAAACCUUUUGGUAUACUGUCAGCAAGGAUCUUAUAGAUACUUUUACCACUGAGGUUCCUUCUGGCAUAACUUUGUUGAACUUGGCCCUGGAAGAUGCCGAAACCAUCAAUGAAAUCUGGCCACAUCGUGGUCCUAACUCGAUUAAGUUCGUGAGAAGCUUGAUAAAGUUUAAUGUGAAUUUGGGAGCCUACGAUGACAAUGGAAAAUUGGUUGCCUGGUGUUUAAGAUUGCCCAUUGGGUCCCUGGGUCUGUUGCAAGUUUUGGAGUCACAUAAACGUCUGGGCCUGGGCAGUUUAUUGGUGAAAUCCAUGGCCAAGAAGAUCUCCGCUUUGGGGGAUCAAGUUACAGCCCCUGUGGUGAACAAAAACACAGCUUCGAAAAGCAUGUUUGAAAAAAUUGGUUUCCAUAAAAUCGACUCAUCGUAUUGGGUUGAGUAACAAUAUUAAACCAAAAAUUGUGUAGAAGACAUUAAAAGUGAAAAUUAAAACACAAGUAAAAUUAUAUUUAAUAAACUCAUUGAACAUAUUUAGUA